AUGCGUCCCCUACAGCGUCCCCGGCCAUCUCCUCUGGCCGAUGCCAGCAUCCGGCUUCUGUGUUCCGGUCCCUGCGAGCGUCGGGACGUACUGGACAUACGGGGGCCGGAACCGGUGGCAAAUUUAAAAAUUUUAGAAACUGUAAUUUUCUAAUAAAUGAUGCUUCAAAGCAUUUCACAUACAUUUUGUCCCUACUGCUUUGUCCUGUGCCCUGCCUGCAUUUUGACUGUUCUUUCUGCCUAGAAACUUAGAAAAUCCAUGGCGUCCAAAAAGCAUCACUUUAGGUCAAAAACGGUUUUAGACCGGCUAGAGAACAACAAUAGUAAAUCAGAACCACUUGCAGAAUUGA